GACUUUCGUUAUUGUGGCACGCUCCUUCCUCCCUUUCCUUGCAUGCUAGCUCGUCGAUUUAGCUAGUUAGCGAGACAAGCCCUUUACAACUUUGGAGUAUUAUUAUUAUGAAUUAAUUGAUCCGUGUAGUAUAUUUUAUUUCUGUCUCCAGUCCAGAUUACAAGCCAACUAACAAGAUGAACAUACGAAACGCAAGGCCGGAGGACCUUAUGAAUAUGCAGCACUGCAACUUGCUGUGUCUCCCAGAAAACUACCAGAUGAAAUAUUAUUUCUAUCAUGGAUUGUCCUGGCCGCAGCUCUCAUACAUCGCAGAGGAUGAAAAUGGCAAAAUUGUGGGAUAUGUGCUGGCAAAGAUGGAGGAGGACCCUGAUGAUGUCCCCCAUGGACACAUUACAUCUCUGGCUGUGAAGCGUUCCCACAGACGUCUAGGCCUGGCCCAGAAGCUGAUGGACCAGGCCAGUCGGGCCAUGAUAGAAAACUUCAAUGCUAAAUAUGUCUCUCUUCAUGUCCGCAAGAGCAACCGGGCAGCCCUGCAUCUGUACUCAAACACACUGAAAUUCCAGAUCAGUGAGAUUGAGCCUAAAUACUACGCAGAUGGGGAAGAUGCCUACGCCAUGAAGAGAGACCUGGCCCACAUGGCUGAUGAGGUCUACAUGUCCCACAGCUGAGAAAGCCUGGAGCGCGUGUUUCGGGCCCAGAGGCCCCAUCAGGCCAGGGCCCGGUCGGUACCGGUGACCAGGAGAAGGAGAACGAGAAAGACAGCGGAGGAGAGAGCAAAGAGCUGAGUGAAGUCAGCGAGGCGACGGAAAGCACAGACGUUAAAGAUUCUUCUUCUGAUUCACAAUGACGCUGCAGUCCUAGACAUUUUUAAAUUCAUGCCUCACUUCCUCUUUUUAUCUCUAUUUGACAAUAUCUCUGGCUUAACAAACUGCGUGACUAUCCCUGGGUCAAAGCCUUAACCAUCACGUUUUUUUUCUCAAAUCUUGCUUUCCACUGCAGUGAUGAACAGGAAGACUUGGAUAAUGAUGUGAAUUGGGGUGUUCUCUAAAUGAAACUAAAAUGAAAAACUGGUGUCGAUGUUUUAAUUGGAUUGCUGUUGGCAUUACAAAAGUUGCCCAAAAUUCUCUGAGAGUUAGAGAAUUUCCAAUGACUUGUGCUUUUCAAGUUUUCUCAAUCUGGUCUCUUAAAUAUUUAAAGGAAAUACUGCCAAUAAAUCUUUCAAAUAAUA